UUCUGGCGCCCCCCCCCCGCCCCACACUGACUCCAGCCCUGAGGAAGUGGCCCGCGCCGGUAGAGCCAACCAGCAGGCAGCCGGGCUCGAGCAUCCGAUUCCUCCCCCCCACCUUCCUCUUCUUCCAACAAGACCCCCCCCCACUUUUCCUCCUUUUUGCAGCGCAUCCCUGAAGCAGCAGCAGCAGCAGCUGCUGUAGCUGCAGCAGCUCCAUCUCCUCCUCUCCUCCUCCACCAUGGCCUGGCCCUGGGGGCGCGGGGGGUAGCCGGGCAGGGGCCUUCAGGAGCCCCCCCCCGCCUCCCUCCUCCCCCACGGAGGGGGAGGCCCCGCGCAGCCAGGGACAAUGGAGAUUUCGCUGGGCCAGGGGCUCCUCAUUUUGUUCCUGGUGGUGGUCCCGCUUCUCUACGAAUGGAGUGCCACCUUCAAGUACUUCUGCAAGAUGGCAUUCUACAACAGCUACAUCCUCUUCCUGGCCGUCAUCGUCAUCCCUAUUUGCGCAGUCCGUGGGCGCAACGUGGAGAAUAUGAAGAUAAUCCGGUCCAUGAUGCUACAUGUGAAAUACCUGUACGGGAUCAAGAUUGAUGUGCGGGGGACAGAGAACUUCAACAUCAAGCAGCCUUAUGUGAUCGUGUCCAACCAUCAGAGCUCGCUUGACUUGCUUGGGAUGAUGGAAGUCUUGCCCGACCGGUGUGUGCCAAUCGCCAAGAAGGAGCUGAUGUACAUGGGCACAGUGGGACUGGCGUGCUGGCUAGGGGGCAUCAUCUUCAUCAACCGCAAGAAAACCGACGACGCCAUUAGCGUCAUGGCGGAGACGGCGCAAACCAUGCUCUGUGAGGAUGUUCGGGUCUGGGUGUUCCCCGAAGGCACCAGGAACCACAACGGCUCCAUGCUGCCCUUCAAGCGGGGUGCCUUCCAUUUGGCUGUGCAAGCCCAGGUUCCUAUCAUCCCAGUUGUGAUCUCAUCGUAUCGGGAUUUCUACAGUAAGAAGGAAAGGCGUUUCACCACGGGGCGCUGCACGGUCCAGAUCCUGCCUCCCAUGCCUACGCGGGAGCUGGUGGCUGAAGACGUGCCGGCACUGACAGAUCGCGUGCGCCAGGCCAUGCUCAUUGCCUUUGAGGGGCUCUCGGUGGAGCUGGGUGCCCCGCAGUGACCCCCUUUUACUACUUCCUCCCUCCCAACAUCCGGCCCUAGAGAGAGAGACAGAGAGAGAGGAGCUUAUGAGGUGGGGACUGGGAACAGCUUUGCGCCCACUGGGACGUGGGCCACGCAGAAGAGGGCGGCGUUAACUCCCCAGUGGCCAAGCCAAACCAGGAGUGGCAGAGGCGGUGAUGGAAGCGGCCCACGCUACAACCAAACCCGGAGAUUUGCAAGCUGGGGUGGGCUUCGCCUGGCCACGCCCACAAGGAGCCGCAGGGGCGGAGUUGAUCCCAGCCACGCCCGCUUCCACCUUUCGGACCAGAAUUCUCCCCUCCCACAACCAGGUAGAUGGCGCAGCCCUCUCCCCGCCAGGUCUUCUUCCCCUCAACCGUUUCUGUCGAUGUGAACUGUUUUGCUUGAGCUUCUCGGACUGGACCACUCCAGCCCCCUGUUCCGGGGGCAGGGAGCAUUUUGUGGGCUGACCCACAGGCAACGUAUAAACAGAACCGCUCCUCGAACCCUGCAGAGGGAAGAUUCAUCCCGGCGCUCCUCUGGGGGACGAGAUGGGCGCAGGGCAGGUUCUGAGUGCGAACACUGCAAAAUGUGAAGCCGGGUUGCGAGCUGGUUGCAAACACCCCGCUGGCCUUUCACGAAGGGGUGUGUGUGUAUGUGUUUGCGUGUGAGAUAAGGGAAUGGGCACGAUUGAUCGAUCCGCUACAUCUUGCCUGCGGUGGGAGCAAAGCGGCGACCAACCACUCCAGAGCUCCCCAAGGAGGGGAGCUGUGUGGACUACGACCCACCCAGGCCUCUGACUGAUCAGCAGCUCUAAUAAAACGGUGGACAAGA